AUGGUCGUUUGCGCAUGCCCGCGCCACCUGAGGCCUGGAACGGGACCAGAGUCGCAGACUCGUAUGGCUCUUGGUGCUUUGGCAACUCUAUCGGGCUACAAGGAUUCUCCCAUGACCCAUCGCAUGAGCGAGGAUUGUCUGCAGCUCAACCUCAUACGCCCUGCUGGCACUCGGGCGACCGACCGGCAGCCAGUCCUCGUCUGGAUCCACGGCGGCGGCUGGCAGGAGGGAAGCGCCAACGACGGCCGCUGUAACCGCUCCUUUAUCGCGCAAAGGUCGAAAGAAAUGGGGAUGCCCAUCAUGUUUGUCAGCUUCAACUAUAGGCUAGGGGUCUUUGGCAUGAUGGCUGGCUCUGCUAUCCGCUGGGCAAACGUGACGAACCUUGGUUUAUACGAUCAGCGACAGGCUCUAGCAUGGAUACCAGAAAAGAUUGGCGCAUUUGGCGACGACCCUUCACGAGUUACAGUCAUGGGCGAGUCAGCUGGCGCCCUGUCCAUCGGCUGUCACCUUCUCGCCUAUAAAGGCCGCGAUGACGGGCUGUUCAGUGCUGCAAUAACUCAGAGCGGAGGCCCGUUUUCGGCCGACCCAGUUGGUCGUAACUACACUGAGCAAGAGGCUGACUUUGAACUUGUACUCAACACCACUGGAUGCGCCGACUCCAAAACUCCCCUGGAUUGUCUUCGUGGCGUCCCAGCUGAGGUAUUGAACCAAGCCAGUGCUCUCCUGCCACCUUACUUUGUCGUCGACGGACAACUGUUGCCGAACAGCAGCAUGGAUUCUUCACAAGACCGCCCCUUCGUCCGAGUUCCGCUAUUGACGGGUACCACCCGCAAUGAGGGAACAUUCUUCACCCAGCAAAGUCCUUGA